AUGCAAACGGUCAUUGAAAAAGAAGAUGAUAAUGAAAAUGAAGAAGAAGAAGAUGAUGAGGAUGAUGAAGACGAAGAGGAAAACGAGGAAGAAGAAGAUGAGGAUGAAGAAGAAGAAGAUGAUGAGGAGGAAGAUGAUGAGGAUGAAGAUGAUGAAAAUGGAGAAGAUGAGAAUGAAGAUGAAGAUGAUGAGGAAGAAGAUGAUGAAGAUAGAGAUGAGGAUGAAGAUGAUGAGGAUAGCGAUGAAGCACCAUUAGAUUAUGUCACUAAAAAACUUAAUAAAAUUAAGAAGCAGGUGCAAGCUGGCAAGUGCAAAAAAUUGCAUUAG